UUCCAACGAGUGGUCAAAACUGUCUGUUGUAAUGCCCCUCAGAAACUCUGAGCACAAGAAGCCCCACCAUGGCUUUGGCUUUCAGCUUCUCUCCUUCCUUUCCGGCCCUGGCUCCAAUCCUCCGUCCCAGACGACAAGAUGUUCUCCGGUGCUCUGCACCAAGGCAGACUUCUUCUGGUGGUGAUAAAGGCUCCCGGUCAGAGAACGCUUUGCUGAAGGUUGCAUGGUAUGGGUCAGAGUUCCUUGGCAUUGCGGUGUCCUUUUUCCGGCCAGCCAGAAGCAUAGAGGAGCUUCCUGUGUCUACCAAUGUGUUGGAGAAGAUUGAUCGCACCCAAGUAGUCGAAGCGAUCAAGCAGGAUUUCCAGCACUCCUACUUUGUCACAGGUAAUCUAACUCUCAAUGCUUAUGAAGAAGAUUGUGAAUUUGCCGAUCCAGCAGGAUCAUUCAGAGGUCUUCAGCGUUUUAAACGUAACUGUUCUAACUUUGGUUCACUGCUUCUAAAGACGGAUAUGAACCUCACAAAGUGGGAGGAUUUUGAGGACAAGGGUGUCGGGCAUUGGCGAUUUCGCUCUAUCAUGAUAUUUCCUUGGAGACCUAUUCUUUCAGCCACUGGUUAUACAGAGUACUUCUUUAAUGCACAAUCUGGGAAAGUAUGCAGGCAUGCCGAGCAUUGGAAUGUUCCUAAAAUGGCACUUUUAAAGCAGAUAUUCAGGCCUUCUCGCUGGGUAUGGGAGAAAUCCUAAACCUUUAAAGAACAAAAGACGCGCAAUUGCAAAGGUUCAAUAUGUUUGCAUUUCUUGCUGUCUGUUUAUAAGCAAUUUCUCAAAGCUGAUGAGUGGGAAAUACAUGAAGGUUUGCCCAUGUACGGAAUGUCAGUGACCUCCUGGUUAAACAAUAGUGUAUAUAUUUGGAGUUCAGGAAUCAAAUCAAAACACCCAUUUAAGGUGAA